CAUUGUUACAAAAAAGACUGUUAAAACAAUUAAUAAUUUUGUUACUGAUGGAAAAUUCCACAAUUUUAUAUUUACAGCUCCAUCUGGUAUCUAUUGUUUAGGAAUUAUUCGUUACUAAAUUGUCAUAAGACUCCAUCUUGUACUUGCAAAAAUCUCCUUAAGCGCAAUGCACGUAAUUUUUCAAGAAUUUUAGAUAUCAUUUUGGAGAAACCUGUGGGAAAGAGUACAAAAGUACAGGGAUGGGUAUACGCGAUCAGGAAAAUGAAAAAUUAUAUUUUCUUUGAUGUUAAUGAUGGAUCAACCAAUGAAAUGCUCCAGGUUGUUAUACCUAAAUCUUCUAAGCCAAUUGAUUUAACUUAUGGAAGUAGUAUUAAUGCAGAAGGUAUAUUGACUUUAACACCUAAUGGUAGAUUGGAAUUACAAGUAAAUGAGACACACGUUAUUGGUACAUGUGAUGUUACUAAAGGAUAUCCAUUACAACCAAAGAAACCUUAUGAUGCAGAAUAUUUAAGACAAUAUUUACAUUUGAGGCCAAGAGCACAAAAGUUCAGUAGUUUAUUACGAUUACGUGAUAUAGCUACUGCAAAUAUUAAUAAUCAUUUUAGAAGUAGAAAUUUUAUACAUAUUCACACGCCAAUAAUAACUUCUAAUGAUUGUGAAGGUGCAGGUGAAGUUUUUAUUGUAAGACCUGAUUGCAAAGUUCUUGAGAGUAUGAAGAAAGAUGGUAUGUCAUUAGAUGAAAUUUAUUUCAAUUCUAAAGUAUAUUUAACUGUAUCUGGACAAUUACAGUUAGAAGUUCUUGCAAGGACUCUUUCAAAUGUAUAUACUUUUGGACCUACAUUUAGAGCUGAAAAUUCAAAGUCAAGAUUGCAUUUAUCAGAAUUUUAUAUGGUAGAAGCUGAAAAAGCAUUUGUUUCAAAUAUUGAAGAAAUAGCAGAAGAAGUUGAACUUUUAGUGAAAACUGUAACUAAAGAUAUGCUUGAUCAUAAUCCCCUUGAUUUCCAUCAUAUAGGUGCCACUGAACCACAGUGGUUAAAUAGCAAAUUUGGACACAUGACUUAUGAUGAAGCAAUAAAUAUUUUAAAUGAUCAUGCAGUUGAAUUACAGCAUCCUAUCAAAUAUGGAGAUGCGUUAUCCAAGAAACAUGAACUUUUUUUAGUAAAAUAUAAUAAUAAUGUUCCUCUUUUUGUUAUAAAUUGGCCAAAAGAGGAUAAACCUUUUUAUAUGAAAGAAUGUUCAAAUGAUUCUUCUAAGGUUGCAGGACUGGAUCUUUUAGUACCAAUUGUUGGAGAAUUAGUUGGAGGAAGCAUUCGCGAAGAUAAUUAUGAAAAGUUGAAGUUAAAAUUACCUUCUAAUCAUAAUUUAUCAUGGUAUUUAGAAUUACGUAAAUAUGGCAAUGUAUCUACUGGUGGUUUUGGGAUGGGUUUUGAAAGAUUUCUGCAAUGUGUCUUGGGAAUAACAAAUAUUAAGGAUACAAUUCCUUUUCCAAGAUGGCCACAUAAUUGCAGUUUAUGAAUAAAAGUUGCAGGAUUGUUGUUGGUUUACUUCUCACAUAAUAGAACUGCUUUCCAUAUAAGUGGAAAGCAAUUCUAGAUGCAAGAAUUAUAAGUAAAACAAAAAUGAUAAAAAUAUUUUAAUGGAUGAAAACGAAUAAUCGUAUUAACGGACAACAUUCAAUGAUGCAUUACAAAAAUGAUAAUUUUACAUAAUUUUUUUAUUAUCAAUAAUUUUAUACAAAAUCUUUAUUUAUUUUAGGUUUUCUCGUAAUUCAUUAUCAUAUUAGUUUUUUUUUUUUUUUUUUUCUUCAAACAUUAUUAGUAAAAUUUGUCGAUAGUACUCAAUUUCUUUUGCAAUAUAUGAUAUAACAAGUUUGAAAUAAGUAUUUCUAAACAGUAAAAAAUCUAAGAUGGAAAAUGUGAUGAGAUUUAACAAGUCAUCUUUAUUUUUAAAAAAUUCUUUAUUGAAUAUUGAGAUAGAUUUUCAACUAAGUUAGACUAAUUUUUUAGCAUUUUUUUUUUUUUUAUUUCUCCAAGUACUCCUAGAUAUGGCUAAAAAUCCAAAUCACUAAUUAAUUACGCUGCAACUGUUAUCAUUAUAAAGGAUAUUAUAGAGGUUACUAUAGGAUAAUAAGUAACGAAAGAGGAAGUCAAAACCCGAAUAAUCAACAAGUCUUCUUUUAUACAACAAAAUAA